GCUCGUAAACGAAACGAUUAGAUUAUCAAUAAAUUCGUUUAUCGCGUUUACGUAACAAACGUAGGUAAACAGAACAGUCGACAGUCGUCAACAGAUAGUUUCGGAUGCCUUACACGACGACUAUUUUAACCAACCUAUUCAAUAUUGCUUCGGGCUUUCUCAAUAUAAUUCACGUUUAACCGUUGGAAGUUUAAUACAUUGAAUAAAAAUGUCCAAAAAAUUAAAACUGAAUCCAGAAAAAAGCGGUAGUGGGAGAUUAUUCCACGAACAGUGGACAGUGGAUUUUGGUGUAAUUCAAAACAAUAAUAAGGUACUAUGUUGCUUGUGUAACGAAACAGUUGUAAGCCGUAGUUUUAAUGUUAAAAGACAUUUCGAGACAGUUCAUAACAAUAUAUUUUCUCUAUCGGCUGAAGAAAAAUUAGAAUUGAUUUCUCAAAAAGUAAAAUUUUUUAGAAGUCAAUCAAACAAAUUUAAAGUGGCGUUCAAACAAAAUAAUAAUUUAUCAGCCGCUAGUUUUUCUGUGUCACAUUGCAUUGCGCAGCAUGGUAAGCCACUUUCUGACGGAGAAUACUUAAAAGAAGUUUUUGUUAAGGCGUCUAACAUUUUGUUUCAUGAUUUUACUAAUAAAAAUGAAAUAAUAAAACGUAUUAACGAUUUGCCUGUUAGUAGAAAUACUGUAAAAGAUCGUAUUAUUUGUAUGAGUAAUGAUAUAACAGAUCAGCUUCAAACAGAUUUGGCUUCAGAAAAUUAUUUUUCAAUCUGUCUUGACGAAAGUACAGAUGUAACUUCACAGGCGCGACUAGCAGUCUUUGUUAGGUUCAGUAGUGUUAAUAUUAUGAGGGAAGAAUUAAUAAAAUUAAUGACGAUUUCUACUAAAACAACUGCUCAAGAUAUUAUGAAUGUAGUACUUAAAGAAUUCGCCAAUUUAAAAAUAAAUAUAAAUAAUAUUGUUUCAAUAACUACGGAUGGUGCCCCUAAUAUGGUUGGCAAACACAAUGGAUUUGUUCAACUUUUUUCGAAAGAAAUUUCUCAUCCGUUAAUCAGUUUUCAUUGUUUAAUACAUCAAGAAGCGUUGUGUGCUAAAGACAGCUUGAAAUCGCUUCAAAAUGUAAUGGAAGUAGUUACAAAAGUUGUCAAUUUCAUUACAUCUCGUGCUUUAAAUAACCGACAAUUUACUAAAUUAUUAGAUGAAGUUGAAUCACAAUACGCUGGCCUUUUAAUGUAUAACAGUGUUCGUUGGUUGAGUCGUGGUCAAGUUCUUCAUCGAUUUGUUGAAUUAUUAGAAGAAAUACGAUUAUUUUUAUUCGAAAAAUCUCAAGACUAUCCAGAACUUAAAGAUUUAAAUUGGUUGAACAAUUUAAUGUUUUUCACUGAUUUUACUACAAUGUAUAAUGAAUUAAAUAAAAAACUUCAAGGGCCCGGUCACAUAGUCUUAACAAUGUUUGAAAAUAUCAAAGGUUUUGAAAAAAAAAUUGAAAUUUAUUGUAAAGAUCUUAAAAAUGAAAAAUUUAAAUAUUUUCCACAUUUGAAAAAUCAUCUGAACAAUUCAUUACACUUUGCAGAUAGUCAGACUGACAUCAAAUGUAUAAUUAAAAAAUAUGUUAAUAUAUUAGAAAAUACAACUGAAUUAUUUUCUAAUAGAUUUUCACAGUUUCGAUGUCUAGAACCAACCUUUCAAUUUUUAAUAAAUCCGCAUAAAAUUACAUAUGAUGAACUUGAUCUAUCUUUUUUUGAAUGGCUAAAUAUCGAAAACUUAGAAAUGGAAUUAAUAGAAUUUCAGGGAAAUGUAAUUUGGAGAAAUAAAUUUAUUAAUUUAAACAGUGAACUGGAAAAAAAUUAUUGUGAAAUUGAUAGCAGUAUUAAAACCGAAAACCUAAUUCUUAUUGAGUGGAAAAGUCUACCAAAUUCAUUUACAUCCAUGAAAAAAUUAGCACUUUCAUUAUUGACUAUGUUUGGUUCUACAUAUAAAUGUGAGCAGCUAUUUUCCUCCAUGAAUUUUAUCAAAUCCACUUUGAGAAAUCGUCUUGGAACAGAUAUCAGUGCAGCAUGUAUUCAAUUAAAAUCUACAAAUUAUAAUCCCAGGAUUGAUUCGUUAGCUGGAAAUAUGCAGCAACAAAUUUCUCAUUAAAAACUU